AUGAAUAAAAAUAUUUGCGACGAACACGUAAUUAAAAAACCGCCGGUUUUGCAAAACUCGAACAUUAAUGAUCAAUCGCCCUUCAAAGUACCGUAUCCCGUUGCCGCAAAGAAAAGCAAGAGUAACAACAAUAGUAUCGACUAUAAAAAUAUCGCCUUUACAAUAUCAGGAGAGAUAAGUUCACCCUCGAUAAACAGAAACACUUUAUUUGCGCAAAAACCGCCUGUUUUCUUCGUCGAAGACGCGGAGGAUAACGACGAUCAGUUUGUUUCCAAUAUGAAAAAAAUUAUUGAUGAGAAUUGUCAGAUGGAACGGGAAACUUACUACGGCGUGCGCGAUUUGCAAACAAAAUCGUACGCGACGCGAAAAAAAAAAUGCGCGUUCACCGACGAAGAUCAGAAUCUAAUGAAGCGGUUCAAGAGAUCGAUAGACGAGAGCAAAGCUUUGCGGGUAAUUCCGCGGAAAUCGCCGCAGUCCGAAAACGUUACUUGUUCCACCAGCAGUUGCGCAACGAUGACAAACAGUCCGCAAGUUACCGAUGUUGCGAAUACCGUUCACACGAAUUCAGGAGACAAUCAACUUCUGUAUCAAAAAACUUCGGUUGUGCAAAAAAAUCAUAAUCUGACCGGUUUGGUGCCGCAAACCUUGAAUAUCGUCACCGAAGUGGAACAAAUGAUCUAUUGCGAAAUGCAGGUUUUAACACCGCCUCAAGAAACUGAAUUCGAUGAUUAA